AUGGACAAGUUCCUUCUCCAGAAUGCUGCGCGCCAUCAAGAUUUGGUUGCCAAGUUCAAGCCCCCGUAUUCGGCCCCGACCGUUGACAAUGCAGGAACCAACUCCAGCAUCGUGGUGGCGACCCGGAUCCGACCCAUGUUGGAAGAAGAGUUGUCAUCGGGACAAGUAGCUGCUGCUUUUCCCCGGGAAGGUCGUCGUGGAGUGGUGGAUUUGCAUCAGCUGCGACGGGUCGUCAGGGGUCCACCUCCUUUGACUUCAUUCUCGUUCCAAACUGGUAAGGUGUUUGGUGUCAACACUUCGACCGAAACCGUCUACGAAGACUUGGUCCAUCCUCUCCUGCCUUAUGCCUGGGAUGGUAACAUUGGCACCUUGUUCGCCUAUGGCCAAACGGGGUCAGGCAAGACAUACACCACCAGUGGGCUGGCGCGGUCGAUUGCCAAAUCACUUUUCGAUGGGACCUUGGCUGGGGAGCGAAACAUACAUCUUAGCGUGUUCGAGCUUGCGGGCAACUCAGCCUUUGAUCUCCUGAAAUCCCAAGCCCCCUUUCCGAUCUUGGAAGAUGCGUUCGGCAACACCCAGCUCGUCGGCGUCGAGGAGAAAACGAUCACAAGCAAAUCCGAGCUUGUUGACCUGAUCGAAUAUGCAAACUCGUUUCGACAAACCGCUUCAACCGAAAAGAAUGACGGCUCCUCGCGCUCCCACGCUAUCUGUCGUAUCAGGAUCGAAAACCCGGCCCCCGAAGCUGUGGAAGACGGAAUCUUGUAUCUCGUCGAUCUUGCCGGCUCCGAAGCUGCAAGAGAUAUCUUCCACCACGGAGCAGACCGCAUGAAAGAGACCCGCGAGAUCAACAUCAGUCUCUCGAUCCUCAAAGAAUGCAUUCGGGGCAUUUCCAGCAUCGACUCUGCGGUCGCAGUUGGGAAGAAACCCAAGAAACCCAAGAAACCCUACAUCCCGUUCCGACAGAGCAUGUUGACCAAAGUUCUCAAGCAUCUGUUUGAUCCUGCUAGCAGCCGGGAAUGCAAAACUGCCAUUCUAGCUUGCGUCAACCCCAGUUUUCUCGAUGCCGGAGCAACCAAGAACACCCUUCGCUAUGCCGAGAUGCUCCUACAGGCCCGACCCGUUCGAAAGCCCGCCGCCUAUGACCCUACUGUGCCAAGCACAUGGAGUAAUCAGCAGCUUCGGGAAUUUAUAGAACUGAAGUCUGGGGAUCCUCCCAUGUCACCUUCCGCCCUUGCGCCUCAUGAGACCGGAACUCAGCUGCUGCAACUCCCGACCGAAAAGUUCAUUGCUCGCUGUCGCCAAACCGCUGGAGUGACUGGAGUCCAGGCUAAAAAGUUCCAUGCCAAGUUGUGGAAAAUGCACGUCGACUCCAGGAAUUAUGCCAAAUCUGGGUAA